CCCCUGUUCCCCAGUCACAAACUCGCAGAGGCUGUUUCAGCGGCAACUCAUUCCAAGAGAGGAAGAAAAAAAGUCUGUGGAAUUGGAACAUCAUGUAUUUGAGAGUUCUGAGCGCAAGCUUUUGUAUUUCUCUGCACAGGAAGUGGGAAAUUUGAAGAAAAGCCUAGUCUGGAACAUUCUGAACAUUAUCAACAGGCGCAAAAGAAGGGAGGAGACUAUCUCUGGAAGAACUCUCUUCGCAGCCCCACUGUUGCUGCCCAGGGAGAUACUGCUUCACAAGUACCUGUCAACAUUCCCUGGAGCAGUCAAAAAAGCUGUAAAGAUAACUCACAAGUAGCGGACAGAACAACAAGGAAAAGGGAGUCACAGAGAAAGAAACAAGAGAAAGAGUGAGAAGAGUGGGGGUGGAGAAGAUGGAGGCCUUGCUUCCUGUUCUGCAGAGAUACCCAGGCUUGUCUGUGGUCAUGUGCUCUCUCAUGUUCAGGGUGGUCCACAAGAUGUUACAGAACCUGCCUGUACCCAAAGUGGUGACACAAGAUGAUUUCCGCUCAUGGAAAUGGAAGAAUCUCUCAAUAUCGCUGGUUCACUCUUCUCUCACAGGGACGUGGGCUGUGACCUGUGUGCUCCUUUGGCCAGAGAUGCUGCACAACAUCCACUCCUUCUACACCCCAAUUUCUUACCUGCUCAUCUGUGUUUCAUCAGGAUACUUUGUGCAAGAUGCAUGUGACAUUAUCCUAACUGGACAUGCAAGAGGAUCAUGGGAAUUUCUAAUUCACCAUGUGCUGGUGCUAUGGUGUUUCCUGUAUGCCCUGUACACACAGCUGUAUGUGGCUGGUGCUGUGGUGGCUCUCUUUGUGGAGGUCAACAGUGUCACCCUGCAUCUGAGGCUCAUGCUGAAGUUAGCCGAAGCCCAGUUCUCUGCUUUCUACUACAUUAACAAGAUCUUAAACCUCUUCACCUACGUAUUCUUCCGCCUUAGCGCCCAGUUUUACCUCACAUGGUACAUUGUGAAAAAUUACUCCUGGCUGGACCACGGUGGCUACUUUCUUAUCACCAUGAUCCUGAUGAACCUCAUGAUCCUGGUCUACUUCUACCGUCUGAUCCGAGCAGACUUCUUCCCGCGCAAUAAGGCUCACUCGGCACAAAAUGGCACCCAUUUAAACAACUCUAAAAAGUUUCUCAAUGACUGACCAAGCUGGCAAUGUGAGUGAUUCACACAAAACCAGUGUGUCGCUGUUGUUGUGUGUUUGGUGGUGUUUUGUGUGUGUGUGUAUUCUGUAACUAACAUUGUUUAUCAAAUGAAACCUCAGACACUGUUGUUUUUGUCACUGUGGGUCUGUAUAGGGGUCUAGUGGCGCUGCCAAAGGCAGCCUUGAAAUGGAGUAGGGGACUGCGGUACAUCCCUUGGCGUGACACUUCUCUGUUUGAUGCCUUUUGUGGCUAAAGAAAAGCUAGGCAGCAACCACAUUGCUGGUCACAUGGCAACAUCAGAGACUGAAGCACGUACAUACAUUGUCUGGGAAUGUCCAAAUGAUAAGACUCUUAUCACAUUACAGUACUAUAUGACUAUACAUUUUAUGUGGGAUGCUCAUUAACGUGAUAAACCUGUCAUUAACAGUGUGAUGCCAUAAAAAGGGGAACAAUAUUGCCAAGCUAUUUCAUGGGGAAUACGUAGCUCAGAAGAGAACAUCAGUGAACAACUUUCCUCAGUACAGUACAAUCAAUAAGCUCUGGUUGGUGUGAAUUUGAAUGUUUAAGGGAAAUGUAUAGGUUGUUUUGGUCAAUACAUAGAUGAUCAGUAAUGUGAUUAAUCAUAAAGUACACACUUGAAUGCCUUGAACAUUUCCGGGAAUCACACUUCAUCACACCAAAUGUAUUCAAGAUACAGACUAGAUCCAAGCAACGUAUACUAUAUUAGUGUCAUUAUUUUCAUAGUGCCUUUCCAAUAUACUUUAAAUGUGACUGGGAUGAACCCAAAAUCUCCUGAGCAACUGAAUCAAAAGGGUCCUGUGAGAUGUGGAGCAGGCCUAUUGCCAAAUUAGAUAUUAUUUGUUUUUUACCAAAUAUUAGUGGGCCUAUAUGGAAAAUGUAGUUGACUGGCAGAAUUGUCUUUCAGACUAGCUUUUUUGACAUGUCUUAGUGCCUUGAUGUGCCUUAAUUGAGCUUUUGGUUUAUUUAAUGCAUAUUGAUGUUUGAUAAUGUGUUUGACCAAAUAAAUUUAUUAUGUGUCGAUGAA